AGUGAUGUUGUUCACCAGAACAUAACGCACAGGGAGAACAGUUGUUAUCGCGGAAGAUCAAGUCAAGCUUUAAAUAUUAAGGACGUCUGGGCGACUAGCAGCUAGAAUUCGUUGAUUGUUCUCAGGCAACACAGCUAGCUAACGCCGCUAUCAUUUACUAAUGUUAGUUAAUGCAUAAGAAGUUAGGAAGUAAGACUAAGUUCGAUCAAAGUUAGAGUAUAACAAAGGAAUAGGAACGAGUGACUAACAGCUAUGCUUCUUUUAAACGACAAAAUAGGAAUCAGCCUUACCAUAACCACAUAGCAUUUCUUCAUUUAGGCAGGAUGAGCCCUUGAGGAAGACUUAAGCUGAAGAGAGAGAGAGACAGACAGACAGAACAGCAGAGGCGCUUGCUUGUUCUACCUGAACGUGGGGGUUGGGAUGGUUGAUGAGGUUGUUUUCAGGUGUCUGGCUAGUAAUUUGGCCAGUUAGUUAGGUUGUUCACCAGCAAAAGCUCUUGCCAAGUUAAGAUUUUGCUUCGUGUGUUGAGUAGGUUUGAUAUCGGAAUGAAACGGCUGGCACUGGAGACAACUGCUGCUUUGGUCCAGGUGGUAUUUGAUUCAGUAAUGCUAGUUGGCUAGCGGUCUCUCACUUGUUAUUUCUACAAGUGUUUGUCGUGUUGAUAGAGAGCUCACCAGCUAAUUGGUCUCGCUUAGACCGAUGGAUUAGUCUAACAAUCACACAUGUCGCUUGACUAAUUGUUUGUUGGUCAGCAGCAGUUGGCGAUAACGUUACAGUAGUCUGUCCGUAAGGGCAAUAACUGACGUUCUUUCAGGAUUGAUUGGAUCAAAAUAAGUCGGACAGCAUAUUCGUUUUGCCAUGUGCCAUUUGGGUAGCUAGCCUAAGCGUAGGAGAAGAUUUAUGAAGUCUAAACAAAAAUCAGAGGAGGGAAGACGGAAAGAAAAAACCCUGGAAGGCAUCAAGGUGGCAGAGGGAAACAUGAAACCAGACCGAGACACUGCCGAGGAGUUCUUCGAGUAUGACGCCGAAGAGUUCCUGAUUUUCCUGACCCUACUCAUCACAGAGGGGCGUACUCCGGAAUGUUCCGUGAAGGGUCGCACGGAGGGGCUCCACUGUCCCCCUGCGCAGUCAGCAAUGCCCGUCCUGACAAAACACGAGUGUAGUGACAAACUGCCACAGUGCCGUCAAGCGAGGAGGACAAGGUCAGAGGUCAUGUUGUUGUGGAGGAACAACAUCCCUAUUAUGAUUGAGGUCAUGCUGCUCCCCGACUGCUGCUAUAGCGACGAGGGCCUGACGACAGAUGGCACAGACAUCAACGACCCUGCCAUCAAGCAGGAUGCACUGCUUCUGGAGAGGUGGACCCUGCAGCAAGUUCCCAGACAGAGCGGAGACCGUUUCAUCGAGGAGAAGACUCUGCUGUUGGCUGUGCGCUCCUAUGUCUUCUUCUCCCAGCUCAGCGCUUGGCUCAGUGCUUCCCACGGAAUCGUCCCCAGAAACAUCCUCUACAGGAUAAGCGCCGCCGACGAGGAGCUCGUGUGGAACUUCUCGCAGACUCCGUCGGAACACGCUUUCCCCGUUCCCAACGUGUCGCACAGCGUCGCCCUCAAGGUGAGCGUCCAGUCGCUGCCACGCCAGCCCAACUACCCUGUCCUCAAAUGCAGCAUCCACUCUGGCCUCUCUUUUCUGGGCAAGAGGAGCCUGGAGCCGGGAGAGGGUCCGUUGCGUGCGGGCGAACUGGGCGAGAGUCACGGUGGCUUCCGCCUGCAAGGCUCGCCGCUCCUCUCCCGUCCCCUGCGUUCCCCUCUCCCCCAAAGCCCCCUCAACGCACGCAAAUACCAGCCCCCCGAGGCCUUGCCCCCCGGCAAAGCCGCCAAGUGGUUCUACUCCAAGUUGAACAGCGGUCCCGACAUCCCGCCCGCGGAAGUCCGAGGAUCGUACGCUAACGGCGCGGAAAGCUUGAAGGCCCCGGGUACGGAGUCGCCCAUCCACAUAUUCAAGUCCCUGUCCCUGACUGACCCCCCAGCGACGCCUAGCCCGAGUCCCCGGCCCCUCUCUGGCGAAACGAAUCCCCUGAUCGGUUCGCUGCUCCAGGAGAGACAAGAAGUCAUCGCCCGCAUCGCCCAACGUCUCAAUUUCUGCGACCCCACCGCCCCCCACAUCCCCGACGCCCUGUUCCCCAGUCCCAGGGGGACAGGGGAGACCCAGGCCCCCAAGACCCUGUGGGGCUCUCAUCAGGAUGAGGGCCCGUUCAAGAAAACCAAAGAGCCCAGUUUCCCCACCCCGCCUGCCUUUGCGCACGACAGAGGCUUUCCGGAGAGGGCCGGCCCCGAAAGGAGCCGGCCCUCUCUCUUCGACACGCCCCUCAGCGCUCAGAGCAAAGCUAGACUGGACAACGAGCCUCGGCUCUCGCCCAGACCAGCCAUCUGCAGGAAGCUGCUGUUGGGCGACUCGACCGAGAACUCGCUCAUAUCGGAGGCGAUGCAAGACAUCUCGCGUCUCAUCCAGGACAGACUCCAGAACUCGCAGAGCCUCCUGAACUGCACGUACAAGCUCUGCAAGGAAGGCUCGCUGCUCAAGCCUCCCCCCGACAGACCGGACUGUAGCCAGGGAAACCAGUGCGACAGCCGCCCCCCAAGCCAUCGUACCUCCGCCGACUCCCCCAAUAUCGGCAAUAUCGCCAAGCCUCACAUUUGCACAGACCUGAGUGGUACCAGACUCAAAGACGCCAACAGUAUCCAGCAAGACUGUUCCCACAGACCCCAGAAUGUGGCCUGUUUAAAACUUGAAGACGCAAGGGUCAAGCCCGAGUUAAAAACUUUUACAGAACGUUUACAGAAUGCCAAAAACGACUCCUCCUGGAACUCCGUCGUGAAAAACAAAGAGAGCGGCAGGAGCCCCGAAAACUCUCCCAGAGAGAACGGCCCGUCGAGGAGAGAACGCCUCCCCGCCGGCGAGGCCGUGCGGGCCAGAGGCUUUGAGCAGGCGACGACAGUCCAGUCCGGCCCCAAACGAGACGAGAACCGAGACCCCUCAGCUCCAACCACCAGCCUUACCCACUCACCCCCGAGCCCCGAGUCCAGUCCCAGGCCUGAGACCGCGUUCAACGGCCACAGUGUCCUGAGAACCAGUCCUCCCUCUCCUCUGAAGCCAUGCAAUAACUGGAAAAAGCAGAAUCGCCACUCCAUUGACGGUACAGCGACGAAAGCCUUCCACCCUUGCACCGGCCUGCCUCUGCUCUCCAGCCCGGUUCCUCAAAGGAAAAGCCAGACGGGUUAUUUUGAUUUAGACGCCUCUCUGAUUGGUUGCAAAGGCCUCCCCUGGGCGUCCAGUAAAAGGGUCUGCUUGAAGAGAGAGGCUGACAGGGAUGAACCCCAGCAGCAGCUGCUGAGUGCCAGUGCUCCUCCCGCCAGCCUCAGCCUCUUAGGAAACUUUGAGGAAUGCGUGUUGAACUAUCGCUUGGAGCCACUGGGGAACGUGGAGGGCUUUACUGCAGAGGUGGGUGCCAGUGGAACAUUCUGCCCCAGUCACAUGACCUUGCCAGUGGACGUGUCCUUCUACAGUGUCUCAGAUGAUAAUGCACCUUCUCCUUAUAUGGGGGUUAUAAACUUGGAAUCUCUUGGUAAAAGGGGAUAUCGAGUACCUCCAUCUGGAACCAUUCAAGUGACCUUAUUCAACCCUAACAAGACUGUGGUGAAGAUGUUUGUGGUGAUGUACGACCUGAGAGAGAUGCCAGCCAACCACCAGACAUUCCUCCGCCAGAGGACCUUCUCUGUCCCAGUGAAGCGGGAGUCCAACGGCCAUGUCAAUAAGAAGUCCCCUCCCCUGGGACAGGGACGGACCCUUCGCUACCUCGUUCAUCUGAGGUUCCAGAGCUCCAAAUCUGGAAAAAUCUACCUCCACCGAGACAUCCGGCUCCUGUUUUCUCGCAAAUCCAUGGAAGUGGAUAGUGGUGCUGCCUACGAGCUCAAAUCCUUCACAGAGUCGCCUGCAGACCCUCCCUUCUCUCCCAGAUGCUAGUCUUGUGGGAUCCAGCGGAAGAGGCCUUCCCUAAAUCAAAACUUCUCGUCUGUUUGGAGUUGGG